CCUCGAUCGUCACUCUCUCACUUGACGUCUCUCUCCACUUGUCGAUCGCCCGCUCACCUAGCAAGAUGCAUAUAUGUUAUUUAGUUUUCUGAUAACAUGAUUUGUGUCUCGCGCUUCUUUUUUGGACCUUGGCUGCUAUUAUCUUUCCAAUGAGCAAAUAUUGACUUGGAGCGACUGCAAAGGCUGUUCUCGGAACGCCCGUUUGUCCACCGCUUCAUAGCAACGGACGCUCUUCUUUGACAUGGACACUCGCCAGGGCGAACGGCAGCCCUUGCUCGGCGGCCACGGCGCUCAACCCACCUACCAAUUCAUUCGCACCAGGGCGCGACGCGUGCUGCUCAGACGAAUGUGGAACAGGAUGGUCGUCCAUCUGCGCGGCGGCUACACCAGAAUAAACCAGCAAUACCGCCGACGCGUGCACCGUCCUAAGGAUUUUGUGACCAUCGACACAAAAGAAGACUUGCUUUGGGCCAAAAUGCUCUCUCAGUGCAGCAGCCCUUAUUUCACCGACCUGGACAAUGUCCACGACAUGGCCAUUAAGGCCAUCGAGUCAGGCGGACUUGCUGUCUUCUGACGAAAAAUGUUAAACCCGCCAAAGUCAAAGUUCCUCUGUAAAUACUCUGUACAUAGAAAACUGAUCAUUAUUGUGUUCUUUUUCAUAUACUCAUGUGCGGCGAAAACUGGAUGCAAGCUCCGAAUGCACAGUCAAACUGCCCUCCUGGCUUGGAAUAUCUCACCAUGAUCGACCAACUGCUUGUGCACCAGAAGGUUGAAGUACUUGAAGCCAUAACUGGAUUUGAAACGGCCAACAAGUUCUCCGUGAAGAACAGCUUGGGUCAAAAAAUAUUUGACGCCAAAGAGAGCAGCGGCUGCCUGACAAGAAACUGCUGUGGACCUAUUAGGCCUUUUGACAUGAAGAUUUAUGACAACCACAAGAACAUGGUCAUGCACUUGCACCGUCCGUUUGCAUGCCAGAGCUGCUGGUUCCCGUGCUGCCUUCAGUCCAUGGAAGUGACCGCUCCACCUGGAACUUUGGUGGGAACAGUUGAGCAGGAGUGGAGCGUCUUCAAGCCACAUUUCAAAGUCAAGGAUGCAGCUGGAAACACCGUGCUUUUGAUCCGAGGACCUUUCUGUACCUUCAGUUUUUGUGGCGAUGUGGAAUUCAAGGUUUUCUCCGCAGACGGAUCAAGGGAGGUUGGAAUGAUUUCAAAGCAGUGGUCGGGAAUCGCCAGGGAAGCCUUUACGGAUGCUGACCUCUUCGGAAUUUCCUUCCCCAUGGACCUUGAUGUGAAAAUGAAGGCGGUUAUGCUUGGUGCCUGCUUUCUGAUUGAUGCCAUGUUCUUCGAAAAGAAAGGAAACAAGGAACGAGAUGGUCUUGGAAUGUUCUAAAUUCAAAUCCUGCAUUUGUAUACCAAAUUUUACGCAUAUGAUCUUCACCGAAAGUAUGAUUCUAUUUCCUCUGAGAUACACUAAAAUCAAGAACCAGGAGCAUUAACACUGAAUAUCAUUCGUCAUCUAGUUGAUUUUUGUUAAAAAAAAAGGAAUAAAUUACAGCACUUCAUUACCAUAAUCUGGUGUCAAAUUUCCAGAUUAGUUAAAUGAUAAUUAUUUGAAAUGUAAAGUAAAUACUUGUCCUGGUUGAUUGCAACUUGUAAUGUAUUCAAUUUUAUCCUCUGAGCAUCUAAACAUCAUUGUAACAGCUUAUUUACAAUUAGGGCACACCAAGAUGUUUAGAACUUAGUAAGUUGGGCAUAAAUAUUUUGCGUCGUUUUUAAGUUUUGUACUUCAUGAUAAUUAUUAUUGGCCGUCAAUGCAAAACUUGUUGCGCCUUUCUCAUGUGCAACUUAGUUAUACAAAAAUAUAGCACAAACUACUGCUUUUGGGCUAUUUGCCAGAUAUAUUUUGUUGUGCGAUGUUUAUGAUAUGACAACUAAUGUAAGUAUAAUAACCAUUACACGCGUCCAUCAUACCUUACAAAAGUAUUUGCAAAACAACAAAAAUAUAAAUUAUAUCUGUAGCUGGCCAAAAAGCCAUGAAAUUAGAAUCCUAACGUUUAUGAAGCAUAUAAUGCCAUGUGUAUUCUAAAUUCAGAAGCUUUUACAUGUUCUAUAUUCAUGCUGGGUAAUGUUAUUCUAAUAAAAAUUUUAAAUGAAA